UUUUCUUAAAUUCAGGACAUGAUUGUACCCAUUCCUGGCCCACCAUCCCUGAUUUCCAAGUAUAAGUGAAAAGAAGGGCUCCUUCCACCAAAGGCUGAGUCCUUACUUUGCAGCUUUGACUUGGAGGGGGUCAGGAGUGGACAGCAGAUCUGCUUGGAUGGUAUUUAGGCCUCAAGCCACCCUUGCCAAAAAAAAUCCUGAACGCAGUCUCUGAACAGCCUCACACUGAACACCAUGAACUAAGCAGCUCUGCCUUCACUAGCUGGGUGCCAAGAAGUGGACAGAUGCUUCUACCAUCACAGCCAAACAAGUGUCCAAGGCCCAAAAUAGCAGUCAGUCAGAUGAUCAAAAGGGCCAGCUCAUUACUUUCUGUUUUCCAAAGCCCAGCUGCUCUCAGCAAGAGCAGCUAGGAGUAGGUUUGAACGGCACACACUUUGGAGAGGAUCAGCAAGGACAGUCCAAUUCUGACUCCUGUUCAGAGUACAAUGAGAUCUCUUCGCUUCAUUUCUGCUGAAGUCCUGGUGUCCCACCCCAACGUGGCUGUGGAGAGCCUGGAUAGUGUAGCCUACAAUCUUUACCCACUCCUGUUCAAGGCCAGCUACCUGAGGGAACAAGCUGAAGUAACCCGUGCUGUGCUGAGCUGCUGGCCCCUGGAGGAAUUCCAGCUAAAUGUAUUACUGGGGCCAAGCACUGACCACCCAGAAGACCUGCGUGACCGGGCCUGCAAGACAUGCCUGGAAGCCUGUGUGCAGGGCCUGGCUGACCAUGUCUUGCAGGGCAGGAGCCACCGGCUGCAGAAAGCUGACUUUACGGGUAUCCGGGAUGUGCAGGUGCAGCAAUGCCCUUGUGGGAGGGCUCUGGGAAGGUGGGGCCGUACAGAGCUCUUGGCUAGGAUAUGCUGCCAACUGCAGGCAGAGCCCCGUACAGUCAGGCGACCCAUUGAAGUCCUCAUUGACCUCUUUGUCACUGAGGGCAACUUUGAGAUGGUGGUGCAGGCCCUGAAGCCCAUAGAUCUGGCUCCUCUGCAGAUGCAUUGCCCCUCAUUCCGGGCAGACAGCCUGAGCCCUGGACAGCUCCUGCAGGUGUUAGACCUAGCCAGGCCAGGUGAACUGCGCAAGCUGGAGGUGGUACACAACGUGCGGCUACAUGCUGGCCACGUGCAGCAGUUGUUAGCCCAGGUGGGCUUCCCUCAUCUGACCUCACUUACCCUCCCCACCAAGGCCUUUGACAUACCCUUCACUGCUGUCCCAACUUCUGAGGGUGAAGACUGCCUCCUUGCCUCCAUCGCCAGGGAGCUCAGUCGCAUGACCCAGCUGGUCGAGCUGAGUGUGGCCUUCUCCACACUGACAGGGAAGAUCCAGACUCUGCUUGGCCCUCUCAAGACACCACUGAGAAUGCUGGACCUGACCAACUGUGCUCUGAACCAUGAAGACAUGGCCUUCUUGGCAGAUUGUAACCAUGCUGCCCACCUGGAGGUGUUGGACCUUAGUGGACACAAUCUGCUUCAUUUAUAUCCCUCAACCUUCCUUAAGCUUCUGCGCCAGGCUGCCCAGACCCUGAGAGUGCUGACCCUGGAGGAGUGUGGCAUCACAGAUAGCCACGUGGGCAUGAUGAUCCUGGGCCUGAGCUCCUGCCACCAGCUACAGGAGUUCAAGUUCCUUGGUAACCCGCUGUCAGCCUGUGCCCUCAAGCGCCUUUUCUCUGCACUCUGUGAGCUCCCUGAGCUGCGCUAUAUUGAGUUCCCAGUGCCUAAGGAAUGCUACCCAGAGGGUGUUGCUUAUCCCCAGGAUGAGCUGGCCAUGUCCAAAUUCGAUCAGCAGAAAUACGCUGUGAUUGCAGAAGAGCUGCAUACCGUGCUGCUGCAGGCCAAUCGGGAAGAUAUCCAUACCUCCACACCACUCUUUGGGGGUUUUGACCCAGAAGUUAAUGAGACCAGCCAUGAACUUGGCGCUUUCUUGCUGCAAGCUUUCAAAACUGCUUUAGAAAACUUUUCCAGAGCACUAAAACAAGUAGAGUAGGCCUUUGAAUUGUGCCAAGGACAGGUCUUGUAUUUCAAGUAGCCCAGCUGUCCAGAGGCCAAGUCCUGUGUCAAAGCUUAAGACUGAGAUCUCUGCAUCAGUAGCUUCGACUGGGAAAAGUAUUCGUUAGUGAAAGUUGUUGGCGUACCUAUCAGACCUGUACCUGCCUUAUAAAUGUGACAUGAGGUGCCAUAGAGUUCAAUUCUACAACUAGGUGAAUCUGUUAAGGGAGAGGUCCCGGCAUUAGGGCAGAGUGGAGAAGUGUUCAAUUGGACCUCAGUUAAUAUCUACUAGGGCAGCAUGUGCUGGGAGCAGGGUCCAUCUGAGGCCUGGAACUUGAAAAAGCAGUACAUUAUCACCGGAGGGAGUACCUAUUGAAACUUCACCUCUGCCAAGGUCUGCUUCGCAAAAGCUUGAGUUUUAAGCAUAAAUAAUAAAACAAUGGUUUACUCAGAAUGUAACAUUUGUUCACU